GUUUGACGGCCAUAUUGAAUCCAAGUAAGGACGAAUAAGUGAGGAGAGAAAGGUCAGAGGAUCUGAGCUGCGAUGAUAAUGAACAGACAUCUGAGGACAUUUCUAGUUUGUAUGGUCAGAGUUAGGACUGAUGUGUCCUCCAGCAGGACUUCAUCCCUCUGUCCUUAUACAUGCAUUGCACCUUUCCGGGCUCAUUCAUCGGGCGUGAAAACGCGCUCGUAUCUGCAGUAUGUUAAAAGGAAAAUACUAACACCCAAAGCCCCUCCGUACAGCCACGUGUGUCAGGUAGGAGAUCCGGUAUUGCGGUGCAAAGCUGCAGAUGUGGAGCCGGCAGCUGUGCAUGGAGCGGAAGUGCAGCGCGUGAUUCGCACCAUGGUAACGGUGAUGCGCAGGCUGAAGUGUGUGGGACUGAGCGCGCCGCAGGUCGGGGUUCCUUUGCGCAUCAUAGCUGUGGAGUAUUCAGAGAAAAUGCUGCAGGAGAACUCUCCAGCUGCCAUCGAGGCCCGUGGUCUGGUCUCAGUACCACUGAAGGUGUUUAUUAAUCCUCAGCUCCGUGUGCUGAACGGACAGACUGUCAACUUCCAGGAGGCCUGUGAGAGCAUCUCGGGCUUCUCGGCUUCUGUUCCACGCUACAUCUCUGUAGAGGUCUCAGGACUGAAUGAAAAAGCCGAACCUGUCACCUGGCAAGUGAGUGGCUGGCCGGCAAGGAUACUGCAGCAUGAGAUGGAUCACCUUGAUGGAAUUCUUUAUGUUGACCGUAUGGACAGUAAAACAUUUAUUAAUGUGAACUGGGAGGAAUACAAUGAGUAACAUUAAAAAAUGUACACAAGCUUGCCAGUGAUUGUGCUUUAAACAGAAAAAAAGUUUUAUUCCAUUACAUAAGUAGACGAAAUGGAAUUUCAUAAUACAGUAAUACAGAAGUGCAAUUAAAAGUAAUGUUUUAAUAAUUUUAUGUUCACUUGUGUGAAGAACCCUCUCACACGAUCUGUUUAUAUCCACAGAAACUUAACACCAUCACUACACAAAAAGCUGAUUUAAGGCAUCUACUUUAGAUUAAUUUACACACCUGAACAGAGCACAUGGCUGACAUUUUUUUCUUGUUUGUUUUUCUGCAGCUGUGCAUUAUCAGAAAAAGCAAUUAGAAUAUAUUUCUUCUGUAGAAAACAUAAUUACAAAGAGACAUUAAGACAUUAAACUGGAGCUUUAGAGCUGUUAGGAACCAUAUCAGUAGUCUCACAAUGCUAUGGCUUUUUCACAACUAUAACACAAAGGUUUUUUUUUUUUUUUUUUAA